CUAAACUGUCUUCAGCUUUUCGAGCUGAGAGGAACUUCGGGUGUGGCGUGGCAGCCCCGAAAAUAUCGAAAUAAAUCACAACGAGUUGAAAUAAAUUGGCUUCCUAACGGUACAAGCUGGAACAGUUGAAUACUGGGGAAUUGAACGGGAUUCCAAAACCCCAAGAAUUCAGCCACAGAGUCGUGGAGAGAUUUUUCUUGCGGUUUGACAUCUGAUUUCAACCAGUCGAGUCUUCCACACCGAACUUCGGUGGCCCAUUUUGUUGCUGUACCUGCUGCACGCAAGAGGUUUGUCUUGGAUAUUUGGGCAACUUUUUUCGUUUUGUUGAUGUGUUUUUAGAUAUAUUUCUGAAGUGUUUUCCCCGUGAUGACAAACCCAGCAGCUGGUGCGCUCUGUUUCGUCUUGGAUAAGCCAUAAUUACAACCCAAGAUUUUUUUCAAAUCGUGAUACAUCGGUGGAAUAUUAAUUGAGUAUUCUUUCUGGUUCUGGUUCUGGUUUCUGUCGCCAUAGGUUAGCCAGACCGUUCGACGUCAUUUAAACGACAGCUGACUUUAUAUAUUGGCUCAUUUGUGAAUUUUGAAGUGUUUUCACUGAAAGAGGAAGUUGCCGUUUACAAGACGAUUAGUGACGGAACAGUGCUUUUGAGAAGUAUUGUGCCAUUGCCUGACAUACAGCCUUCAGUGGCCUGACUCCGUUUCUUCAAUCCUAUCACAAACAUCAGGCGCCCUGAAGCGUGCACUCGGAACCAUGGGCUGUACUGUCAGUCAGGAGGACAAGGCAGCCGCCGAGAGAUCCAAAAUCAUUGACAAAAGUCUUCGAGAGGAUGGAGACAAGGCAGCUAAGGAAGUGAAACUGCUGCUCUUGGGUGCUGGAGAGUCGGGGAAGAGCACCAUCGUCAAGCAGAUGAAGAUCAUCCAUGAGGAUGGCUACUCGGAGGAUGAGUGUAAGCAGUACAGAGCUGUGGUCUACAGCAACACCAUCCAGUCCAUCAUGGCCAUCAUCAAGGCCAUGGGCAGCCUCAAGAUCGACUACGAAGAUGCUUCCAGAGCCGACGACGCGCGUCAGCUCUUUGCCCUGUCUGCGGCUGCGGAGGAGCAGGGCCUGCUGCCAGAGGACCUGUCCAACACCAUCCGCCGCCUCUGGUCCGACUCCGGCGUGCAGAGCUGCUUCACCCGCGCCCGCGAGUACCAGCUCAACGACUCUGCUGCCUAUUACCUGAACGACUUGGAGAGGAUAGCCAAGAUGGACUACAUCCCCACACAGCAGGAUGUCCUGCGUACUAGAGUGAAGACCACUGGCAUAGUGGAAACCCACUUCACCUUCAAGGACCUGCAUUUCAAGAUGUUUGAUGUGGGCGGUCAGCGGUCGGAGAGGAAGAAGUGGAUCCACUGCUUCGAGGGCGUGACCGCCAUCAUCUUCUGCGUGGCCAUGAGCGCCUACGAUCUGGUGCUGGCCGAGGACGAGGAGAUGAACCGCAUGCACGAGAGCAUGAAGCUGUUUGACAGCAUCUGCAACAACAAGUGGUUCACGGAGACCUCCAUCAUCCUCUUCCUCAACAAGAAGGACCUGUUUGAGGACAAGAUCAAGAGCAGCCCCCUCUCUAUCUGCUUCCCCGAGUACAGCGGACCCGACAAAUAUGACGAGGCAUCGGAGUACAUCCGGACAAAGUUCGAGGACCUCAACAAGAAGAAGGAUACUAAAGAGAUCUACUCCCACUUCACCUGUGCCACAGACACCAAGAACGUGCAGUUUGUCUUUGACGCCGUCACCGACGUCAUCAUCAAGAACAACCUGAAGGACUGCGGUCUCUUCUAAAGCAAGCCUGCUGGGGGAAGAGCCAAGAUUACUUGAACAGCUCUGAUGACCAGGGGGGGUGAGAAGGGAGGGAUGGGGGGGGGGAUCGUCUCGACCAACUGCACUGGCCAACCCUGAUUCCUGCUUCAAUUCUACUCUUUCUAAAGAGAGACUGCGCCGCGGCGAGGGCUGGGAGGGGCCGGGCGGCAUCCUCGGCUGCCUUGCCCUCUCCUUCUCCCUCUUGUUCCAGACCUGCCCCGGCUCGUGGUUAAUAUUUAAGUUUCAAAACAGAGUUGGUUCCAUAUUUCUCGUAUUAACUCCUUGGGCUUUGACCACAAAUCAACAAUUGUGUUUUUUUGUUUGUUAUUCUGUUUGUUUUGCCUGUGGUUUUUGUUGUUGAUUAUUAGAGAGGCAACAUAAACCUUUUUUAUAUAUAUAUAAAUAUAUAAAUACAUUCAUUUUACUUUAGAAAAUCUGAUGUGCAAAUUUUAUUAAACUUUUAAUUGCGUAAAAGCUUAUUUUUUAAAAAAGGAGCGCCGGCAUGGAUAGGGAGAAUGAUUGAAAAAGGAAAAGUGCUUUUUUUUAUAAUGUUUACAUGAAGUCCGCAUUCGUAGCCAAGCUGCAUAUUGUUCUGCAUGACUGAUAGCCAAUGUAUUAGCUGAAUAACCUGCACAAAAAAGCAUAACAUUCCUUUGACAAAAAAAAUAAAUAAAAAUACAAAAAAAAAAAAAAAAUACUAAAAAGAGAAAAAUGAAAACACAUUAAAAAAAAGCUUUGCGCCAGGGGAAAAUGUGCUACAUUUUUAACGGACAUUUAAAGUAUGACUCGGAAGUAUCUAACAAUCUAUUGUUUUUUUGUUUUGUUUUUAUUUUAUAUUAUUAUUAUAAUUAUUGUUCCCAUUCCACAACCUUUUGCAUUAUGUUUGUGCCUUGAGUUUACAAUGGACUCAUCAGUGCUGUUUGACCUACUGUUCUUCUGUACUUUCGCUCUUGUUCUUGUUCUGCACAUGUGUAAGGAUAAAUAGUGAUUUUAACGAGACACAUUCUAAUUGAGAAAAAAAGGGUAGGUUUUUUGGUAAAGACUCAUUUCAAAAUGCUUUGAAAGACCUAUAUAAUGAUUUUAAUUUAAAUAAAAGUCCUUCCACCA